UGUAAUUACACUUCUAUUUUGAGGAGGUAGGUUAAAUGACAAUUUUUCUGUACGGUAACUAAACACUGUAGACCACAGUGGGCAAAAUAUUACAGUUUUAAUACUGUAGUUUAUGCAUGAUUAGAUUUACUUACAUAGCAGGUUUGGAUUAACUUAGCUUGACAUACAAUUCAGUAGUAUCUCAAAACCUUUUCAACUGUCCAUUUUUGAAGAUAAUGUUCCAGCAGUUACAAAUUACAACUGUGAAGAUCUUGGCAAAGAAAGAGAUGAGUGUGUAAAAGAGUUACUUUCACCUACUUUGGUGGGCAUUGAAAUAGACCAAAUUUUAAACAACAUCCUGUCAUUCUGGACUGUUCCACAUAAUUAUUGUUGACAGAAAAUGUGGACAGAAAAGAGACAUAAUUCGAGAUACUGGGAAUAUGUACUUCCUAGCCAAGUUGUCUUUGUUACUCAAAGAAGCACCACUAUAAUAUAUAUAUUGCACUACAAUUACUAUCUAAAGGACUGCUCUUUCUCUCUCUUUGGGCAUCGGUGUUCAGAACCAUCUGCUAGCAUGGUUAUUGCUGGGAGAUGAAUUUCUCACAAUACCGAAGUAGUUAAGUUUGGGAAGUGCUGAUCGGGAAGCCCACAUAGAUGUUGCUAAUAAAUGUAAAAUAAUGUUUUCACUCAUCUUCAACAAGAAGAAAACACUAGUUAAUCCAUUUCUUUUGUUUAAAAUAGGUUGAUACCAUGCUAAAGAUGGGCUUCCAGCAGCAGGUCUUAGAAAUUCUGGAAAAUAUUCCCAACGAUCAUCAAACCCUCUUGGUGUCGGCCACGAUGCCUUUAAGCAUUGAACAGCUGGCGAGCCGACUUCUGCAGAAUCCAGUCAAAAUAACAGUCGGAGAAAAGAAUCUGCCGUGUUCCAAUAUUCGCCAGAUUAUUUUGUGGAUAGAGGAGCCUUCCAAAAAGAAAAAGCUUUUUGAAAUAUUAAAUGAUAAGAAACUCUUUAAGCCUCCAGUACUGGUAUUUGUGGAAUGUAAAUUGGGUGCUGAUCUUCUGAGUAAUGCUGUUCAUAAAAUCACAGGUUUACAGACAACGUCAAUGCAUGCUGAGAAAUCACAGUCGGAAAGAACUGCAAUUCUACAGGGAUUAUUGCAAGGGAAAUAUGAAGUCGUAGUAAGUACUGGAGUGCUUGGGCGUGGACUUGACCUUGUCAAUAUUAAGCUGGUGGUGAAUUUUGAUAUGCCAUCUAGCAUGGAUGAAUAUGUGCACCAG